AAAAAAAAGAAAUAUUAAAAAAGAAUAAAUAAGAAAAACGAAAUUGAAAAGCCAACUGCGGUUUGGAUUACCAGUGUGAUAUCUGUGUGUGAUGAUUGCGGAUAUCUUGGGAGUUAUUAUUAUUACUAUUAUGAAGUGCAAUCGUUGGCGCCGCAGCAACCGCAGUUGCAACGUGCAACAUUGAAAGUGCCAAAACACAAAACGACAACAACAACAACAACAAAAAAAAGAAGGAAAAUAAUAAUAUUGAAAAUCCAAAUAGAAAAUAGCAACCAACAGCGGCAGUCGAAAGAAAAACGCCAGUGAAAUUCUCGUUGCUGUUUAUUUAUUUUUUUUGCGUGACAUUUGAGCUUGCAACAAGCGACAGCAACAGCAGCAGCAGCAGCAGCAGUAACAACAAGAAGCGGCAACAACAACAACAGCAAAAGAAGCAGCAACAGCAGCAGCUGAAAAUCGUGUGUUUUUUUUUUUCUUUUGUUGCCUUCCUGCUUGAAGUUGCGUCAAAGCCACAGAGCAAAGUCCACUGCCAACAACAGCAGCAACAACAACAACAACAACAACAACAACAACAACAGCAACAGAGAGCCUUGAAGAGGGGCAACGCCCACAACAACAACACAUACACAGUAUGACAACGAAGCGAAAAGAGACAACAACGAUGGCGACAACGACAACGAUGACGAUGACGAUGACGAUGACACUGAUGAUGAAGGCGCUGCUGGUAUUGUUGACAUGGUCUGUGGACACGGCCAGCUGCUCGCCCUCGUCGCUGUACACGAGCUAUCAAAACCAGAGAUUUGCAAUGGAGCCACAAGACCAGACUGCUGUGGUCGGUGCCCGGGUGACACUCCCCUGCCGCGUCAUCAACAAACAGGGCACUCUGCAAUGGACCAAGGAUGACUUUGGGCUCGGCACAUCCCGGGAUCUGAGUGGUUUCGAACGCUAUGCGAUGGUGGGCAGCGACGAGGAAGGCGACUAUUCGUUGGACAUUUAUCCGGUGAUGCUCGACGAUGAUGCGAAAUAUCAAUGCCAGGUUAGUCCUGGCCCGGAAGGCCAACCGGCCAUACGCUCCACAUUCGCCGGCCUCACAGUUCUGGUGCCGCCAGAGGCACCGAAAAUCACACAGGGCGAUGUCAUAUAUGCCACCGAGGAUCGCAAGGUGGAGAUUGAGUGCGUUUCGAUUGGCGGCAAACCCGCAGCCGAGAUUACAUGGAUUGAUGGCCUAGGCAACGUUCUAACGGAUAACAUUGAGUACACAGUCAUACCGCUGCCCGAUCUGCGACGCUAUACGGCCAAAUCGCUGCUGCGGCUCACGCCAAAAAAGGAGCACCACAACACGAAUUUUACGUGCCAGGCACAGAACACGGCCGACCGCACCUAUCGCUCUGCCAAAAUACGUGUCGAGGUUAAAUAUGCGCCCAAAGUCAAGGUGAAUGUCAUUGGAACAACGACAAGCGGAAGCGGUCAUGGCAAUGGCAAUGGCAAUGGCGUUGGCAAUGGCAAUGGGAAUGGAAUCACUCACCCGUUGGGAACUGGCGUCGUUCAGCGUAUUGUGGAGCAUGCACAGGUGCGACUAGAGUGCCGGGCCGAUGCCAAUCCGAGCGAUGUCCGUUAUCGUUGGUACAUCAACGACGAGCCAAUUAUAAACGGUCAAAAAACUGAGAUGGUCAUACGCAAUGUAACGCGCAAAUUCCAUGAUGCAAUUGUCAAAUGCGAAGUGCAGAAUUCAGUGGGCAAGAGCGAGGAUAGCGAAACACUGGACAUUAGCUAUGCGCCCAGUUUCAAGCAGCGUCCGCAAUCCAUGGAGGCCGAUGUGGGCAGCGUUGUCUCCUUGAACUGUGAGGUGGACAGCAAUCCGCAACCGGAGAUUGUGUGGAUACAACAUCCCAGCGAUCGAGUGGUCGGCACCAGCUCCAAUCUGACCUUCAGCGUGAGCAACGAGACAGCCGGACGUUAUUACUGCAAGGCCAAUGUGCCCGGCUAUGCCGAGAUCUCAGCGGAUGCCUAUGUCUACCUCAAGGGUUCACCGAGCAUCAGUUCACAGCGAACACAAUACGGUUUGAUUGGGGAUACGGCGCGUAUCGAUUGCAUUGCCAGCAGUGUGCCCCGUGCACGUCACGUCUCGUGGACGUUUAAUGGCCAGGAGAUUAGCUCGGAGUCGGGACAUGACUAUUCGAUACUGGUGGAUGCGGUGCCGGGCGGUGUGAAGAGCACCCUGAUCAUACGCGACAGCCAGGCGUAUCACUAUGGCAAAUACAAUUGCACCGUGGUCAAUGACUAUGGCAACGAUGUGGCCGAGAUACAACUGCAGGCAAAGAAGAGCGUUUCGCUGUUGAUGACCAUUGUGGGCGGCAUUUCGGCGGUGGCCAUUCUCAUGGUGUUGACCAUCAUCAUACUGAUCUAUUUCAAGUGCAAGAAACGCACCAAGCUGCCGCCAGCCGAUGUCAUUAGCGAGCAUCAGAUCACCAAGAACGGCGGCGUCAGUUGCAAACUCGAGGCGGGCGAUCGCACCUCCAACUACAGUGAUCUCAAGGUGGACAUCUCGGGGGGUUAUGUGCCCUAUGGCGACUACAGUACACACUACAGUCCACCGCCACAGUACUUGACCUCUUGCUCGACCAAAUCCAAUGGCAGCUCCACCAUACUGCAGAACAAUCAUCAGAAUCAGCUGCAAUUGCAACAGCAGCAACAACAUCACCAGCAACAGCAGCAGCAGCAACAACAACAGUCGACUGUGCAGAGUGUGCCGAUGACUUUUCUGACCAACAGCAGCGGAGGAAGUUUGACCGGCAGCAUUAUCGGGGCAAGGGAGAUACGACAGGAGAACGGACUGCCCAGUCUGCAGUCGACAACGGCAUCGGUGGUGAGUUCGUCGCCAAAUGGUAGCUGCAGCAAUCAGAGCACGGCAACAACCACCCAUGUGGUUGUUCCCAGCUCGAUGGCCUUGAGUGUGGAUCCACGUUACAGCGCCAUCUAUGGCAAUCCUUAUUUGCGCACAUCGAACUCAUCGCUGCUGCCACCGCCAACGGCGGUUUAAGUGGAGGUGAGAUGGAACGACGUUUGUUAGGUCAGCACUGCAGACGCAACUGCAAUUGCAACUUCCCCCUAAAAGCCAAACUCUCCAGCCAGCACACUCGUAAGACUGAUCUCAAAGGCAACAACAACAACAAAAAUAAGAGAAAAUAAAACUAAAUAAAUAAAGCAUAUUCAAGUGGGCGCCACAGCCACAGUCGUUGGGCGCCAAAAUUACCGUUGCAUGGUGAGGCGAGCAAGAAGGAAGAGGAAGAGGAAGAGCAGGCGGUAAGUGCUGAGGCAAGGCAAAACCUAGCAAACGAUGAUUUUUUUUAGCAACCAAAAAUUCGCAUUAGCUUAGAACGGAGAAGUGAAAACCGAAAAGUAGAAGUGGAAGAGGAAAAGGAAGAGGAUGAAGAUAAAGAAGAAGAAGAAGAGAGCUCAUGCCAGGUCUGAUUAGGCAGCACAUACACGUUAACUAGGCUAACCACUAAUUGUAGUACAGAUAGCUACACUGACUACAUACAUACAUAUACUUAGUAUUUCACAUUAUAAUAUUACGUAUUUUAAUUGGAUUUUUUUUUUUUUUUUUUUUCUUUUUGUGGUGUUUCAUCGUCAGUUGCGCAAGUUGCUGCGACUGCUUUAGCUUUAGCGUGACAAAUUCAAUUUUUUUCGCUAGCACGUAAGGUUAAUAGACUAUUAAGCUAGGAUGUUGCGCAUUUACAAGUCCUUAGAAACUUGCUGCAUGUUAAGAAAACAAAAGAAAACAACAAAAAAAAAAACACAAAAAAAAAGAAAAGCCUUACAAAGAAUAUUUAUUACGAAAACCGACAUAAAAAAAUACAAACACCAAUUGAUAGACAAGUUAAUUACAAUUAAAUAAAAAUAUACAAUGAAAAAAAGAAAA